GUUUUAUACUCUGUUAAGGCGUAAUCAUUUGUAUAUUUGUUUAUCACAAAUAUCCACCUUAUAAUUGGCUAAAAAAGAGAAACUGCACCAAAGGAGAAGGAGAUAGAGAGAAGGUGUAUAUACAUGGAUUGAACAGAAUGACCUCCUCAAUAACACAGACAGGGUGUACAAAUACAAAGCUCAAGAGCAUUGGUGAGCUACAAAGUCUAGUGAAUGAAUUCUUAGCUGGUACAGAUACAUCAAGGAUGACCAAAUGUUUGGAAACUUCACUUGGUUGUUUUGAGAACUACAAGAAGGAAUUAAAAAAAGGAGACCAAUUAGACUAUGAGAAGGCUUUCAUCUACUAUGCUGCUACGCAAAAGCUUAUAUCUCAAGUAAUACCUACGCUUUCGGAUAAGGAGACUACGAAGAAGGGGUAUAUUGAAGUUUAUGAUGAAUUGAAAUCAAGCGUUCAUUCUGACGAGAACUUCCACAGGAUUAAGAACUAUAUCUUAGAACAUUCAGAGAAACCAAAUCCGUUCAACUUUAAACAUAAUGGUGUUAUCGAUUCACAUCAGCUAAAGGUUUUGAUCGAUAGAUAUGGUAACGAUGUACUCCUUAUCGAUUUCAGGGCGAGAGACGAAUUUAGAAGAAACCAUAUCAGAUCAACAAACAUCGUUUGUAUAGAGCCAAUUGCAGUGAGACAAGGAUAUAAAGAUGAGGAUGUUGAACUUUCACUGUUUGCAUCUCCAGAUAGGGAACGUGAACUGUUUGAAAAGAGAGAUCAAUUUGAAAUGGUUAUCAUUUACGAUAUCGGCUCAAAAGGGCUGACAGAUGAACCGAUAGCAAAGAUUUACAAAAUCUUACGAGAUAGAUCAUUCGAUAAACCUUUGAAAAGAGAACCAGUGAUCCUCAAAGGUGGUAUCAUAUCUUGGGUUGAAACUUAUGGGUUGUCAAAUUUUGGACAUCAUCACGGUGAUUUAUCAGUCCCGACAAGAUCUAUUUCAAAACCAUCCCAGGCGACUAAGGAUAACAACAACGUUGCAAGAAGCUUUACGGAUUACUUAUCAAAUCCUCAAAAGAUAGACUUUAGUGCUUCUACUUCUUCCUCUAUGCCUCGAAACUAUAACUCCUAUUCUUCUCAACAGCAUAGCACACAGCAUCUAUAUGAACCACAACAACAGCAAAAACCAAUUCGGAGAUCGAGUAGUUUCAAACUGCCAUCUUUCUCUUCCUCGUCGUCUCCUGUUAUUAUAUCACCAAAACCACAACAAAAGUUGGUGAUGUCACCACAACAGAGACCUAUGAGCACUCCGCCAAAACGACCAAUCAGUUCACCACCUUUACCACCAAGACUGAGAGAAGUCAAUGAAAGAACAUCAUCUCCAAAACCGGCUUUAAUUUCUCAUUCAAAGGAUUCCUUGACAAAUGGUCAUACGGAUCUCUCAAAGUUAUACUGUACUACAGGACUGGUUAAUAUGGGUAACUCUUGUUACAUGAAUUGUAUUAUUCAGUGUCUUUUUGGCACAAUUCCGCUAUUGAAGCUGUUUAUUGAUGGAACUUGGAAAAGCCAUGUCAAUGUUAACAGUAAGUUGGGUACGAAGGGUAUAAUGGCAACAUAUUUUGCUCAAUUAGCACAAUCAGUGCUUUUAAAUGACAAUGCCAUAUUUGAACCUAGAAAUUUUAAAGCUAUGGUUGGUUCAUUAAACCCGAUGUUUAAAAAUUGUGAUCAGCAGGACUCAUCAGAAUUUUUGAACUUUGUACUGGAUGGAUUGCAUGAAGAUUUGAAUGAAUGUGGUAACAAGCCAAGGGAACCUGCUCCAACUGAAGAACAAGAGAAACAGUUGGAGAAAAUGUCAAUCAGAGUUGCCUCUACAAUUGAGUGGGAACGUUAUCUAAAAUCGGAUUUUAGUGCCAUCUUGUAUUUCUUCCAAGGUCAAUUUGCAAGUCAGUUGAAAUGUUUAGAAUGUGGUACCACAUCCACAACUUAUCAAUCUUUCUCUGUGUUGAGCAUUCCAAUACCUGAGGAGUAUAUUAACUCAAGGGCUGACAAAAUUCCUCUUGAAAGAUGUUUUGAAGAAUUUACAAAGCUGGAAGUCUUGGACGGCGAAAAUAGAUGGCAUUGCUCCAAGUGUAAACAGUUGAGGAAAUCUACAAAGAAGAUCACCAUCACUAGACUUCCUCAAAACUUGAUCGUCCAUUUGAAGAGAUUUAGAGGUGGUACCAGCUUUGCGAAAAUCACAACUUUCAUCGACUAUCCAUUCGAAAUGAACUUGACCAAGUUCUGGCCACAGGUGAAGACGCCUGAAGAGGCGAAUCAACUUUCACAUUUGUUAACCAGAGAACAGUCGCCUCCUUUCAAUUACAACUUAUAUGCUGUUGCUAACCACUCCGGAUCUCUGAGUAGUGGACACUACACUGCCUUUGUAUGGAAGGGAACCACAAAGAAAUGGUGUUAUUUCGAUGACACACGAGUGAUGAAAAAUGUUCAAAAGAACUCAGUUGUAAAUUCAAAUGGUUAUGUGUUGUUCUACACUAGAAGUUAUUAAUAACAAGUACAUAUGGCAUUAAUCUUAUUCAAAAUAGG